UGCAUUUAGUUGAAAAUUUAUAGAUUGUUAUUAAAAUCUGAGAAAUGUCUAAGUAUUCAUUAUUAUUAUUAUUAUUUGCAGUAAUGUUAACAUUUUCACUUAAAUGUUUGGUUAAUGGAAAUGUAAUUAACGGGUUGACCGUUGAAAAUAAGCAAAAUAUCCCGCCGUGGGAUUGUUAUUCAGAUGCAGAUGUGGGUCCGUGUAAAGGAUAUUUUGAGCACCACUUCUGUAAUAAGACAUCCCAUAAGUGCGAGACAUUCAUAUACGGCGGCUGUUAUGGCAAUCAAAAUAAUUUCCAAACUAUUGAUAAAUGUCGUCAAUAUUGUGGAGGAGUUUGUGACGAAUAAUAAUUAUACUGAAAACACAUAUCCUUUAAUUUUAUCUAAUUUCUAGUUAUAUUAUAUAAAUUGUAUUUUAUUUAAUGUAAAAAUUUAUUUUACUGUAAAUGAUUAUUUGCAAUAAUUUGAUUUGUAUUUUAACAUAUAAGUUAUACAUUUUAAUGAAAUUACUUACUUGCUUAUUUAUAAUGAGCACACAUUGUACUAAUAAUUAAAACUAAAAUAUCAUUUAAAAUUAUUUGUCAAUUAUGGCAAUAAAAAUAGAUAUAUAUUUACUUUUAUGUCUGUAUAUCCAAAAAAUAUAUACAAAGAGUAUAUACAGUAUAUUAUGUGUUGUUAAUGGAAAAACAGUUAAGUUGGAUAAAACUCACAAAUUUAUUAUAUAACCUUUCCGUCAGUCAAAAACACUUUUUGUAAUUAUCUGAUGAAUUCUGUUUGUGGUGUUAUAGUCUGUAUAUUACUACAGUAUAUGAGUCUCAUUUUUAUAAAUAAAUUUCGA